CACGAGGCCCGGCGCUGCUAAACUCAACACAACCCAGCAUAGCUAGUGUUAGCUGUAACAUGCUACACACACCUGUCACACAAGGGAUUGCUCUGGGCGUGACACCCAAGACCACCCAUACAACCCUCCGUCAAAUCUUUUGGCUGUCCAGGAGAAACCCAGAGUGUAUGCACAGUGGCUGUGGCCAGCUUGACUUUAUGAGUGUUGCAAUGGAUUCCAGUAGGUCUUUAGAGUCCUAUGUGGACAACAUUAUGUUACCUAUUAGAAGAGCGCAAGCAACCUUUCAACUAUCAAUAAAAGGGAACUCCUCCCCCCUUCGUCUACACCCACUUCUGCAUUCUGGACUUUCAGUGUCAGUCAGAUUGUUUAAAGUAGUCAGACUGGCAGACUGGUCAGAGAGGCCUAAUACUGCAACAAAAAGCUCAGUCAGAUUCAAAAAUGAGUGUCACACCUCUUGUGAAUGUGGACCGCUGGAUUAAAGAGAACCAGAAUGCUUUCCUGCCACCGGUGUGCAACAAGCUCAUGCACUUUUCCCAGUUGAAUGUCAUGUUUGUUGGAGGUCCCAAUACCAGGAAGGAUUAUCACAUAGAGGAAGGGGAGGAGCUGUUCUACCAGGUGAAAGGGGACAUGUGUCUGAAGGUGAUAGAGAAUGGGAAACACAAGGAUGUACACAUCAAGGAGGGAGAGAUGUUCCUGCUGCCAGCUCGGAUCCCUCACUCCCCCCAGAGACAGGCCAACACUGUGGGGCUGGUGGUGGAGAGGAGACGGCUGCUGACUGAGACUGACUGUCUGAGGUACUAUGUGGACAACACCACUGACAUCCUGUUUGAGAAAUGGUUUUACUGUAAGGAUCUCGGAACUGAACUGGUGCCAAUAAUCAAAGAGUUCUUGGCAUCAGUGGAGUGCAAAACAGGAAAACCUGAUCCAAAUAAAGUCUUCAGAGAACCUCCGUUCCAGAUGAACACCAUGAACGUGAUGUUGCCCUUCUGCUUCAAAGACUGGCUGGACAAGCAGAGACCGUCCCUGGCUAGUGGAGGACCCAUCGACAUGUUUGGAGCUCAGUUUGAGACAGAGGUAAUGGUGUUUGGACCUGGGCAGACAAAGAUGUCAGUGCGACCAAGUGAAGUGUGGAUUUGGCAACUGGAGGGAUCCUCAAGAUUAACUAUGAAUGGGCAAGGGUUCACUCUUUCUGCGGGAGACAGUUUACUUGUUCCUGAACAGAGCCAAUACCAGUGGCAGAGAGAUGAGGGGACUGUUGCUCUGGUUGUGGUUCAAAACCCUGAGCGGAAGAGACCCUGAGCAUCACCUGCCAUUUCACUCACACACACACACACACACACACUCUUUAAAUAUACAGUAUUCUGUAUAAGUGAGCAGGGGAACUCAGUGUAUUUGUUGUAAUGUAAAGUAGAUUGUGUAUUAUUGCACACACUAAGUAUUGUAAAUCAUGCACUCAUUUAAGCUUGACACUUCUAAUAAUGUGUUGAUGAAAGUGACCACUGACCUAUUUGAGUCUUGAUAAACACUAGAAGCUAUUGAAAUUGAAACUGUAGCUGCACUUUGUCAUAGUUUCAGACACUGAUGUUAUCUUGUGAUUUCUGUUUUACCGUAUGAAAGAAAUCAAAUAAAUAUGUGUAGAGAUGAAA